CACACACUCACCCGCACAAAUAGAGUCUCCCAUGCACAUACACCUACAAAUCCUGCUGAAAGCAGGGGAGAAGGAAGGCUGGCUCAUUUAGCAGAAGAAUUUCAAUUGACGUGUCUAAAUUACGCCGUUAGACUCCAGGCUGGCUGCCGACUUGUACGAAUGAGCAGUGAAGCAGCCCGGAGUCUUCAUUCCGCAACGAUGUCUGAGUUUAUUUUAGCCUUAUUAACCAUAUCAGGAUUAUUUCCUACUGCUAACGUGCUGACAGUGGGAGCUGAACAAGAACAACUAACAUGUGAUGGGGGUGAAUUUCUAUGCCAAGAUCAAGUGACUUGUAUCUCUGAAAACUGGGUCUGUGAUGGGGAGCCAGACUGUCCAGACAAUUCGGACGAAAAUCUGGACAGAUGUACGAGAAAAUUAUCGGUGAAAUGCCCUCUAAAUCACCUAACCUGCCUUGGCACAAAAACGUGCAUUCAUUACCGCAAUGUCUGCAAUGGCGUUUUAGACUGUGCAGAUGGGUAUGAUGAAGGGAUUCAUUGCCGUGAAUUUGCGCCAAAAUGUCAACAAUUAAGAUGUCAGUUUGGAUGUGUCAUCACCAGAAAUGGAACAUUUUGCUAUUGUGAUGAUGGCCUUAAAGUGGCUGAAGAUGGCUGGAGCUGCACCGAUGUUGAUGAAUGUGCUGCCUAUGGGACAUGCAGCCAGACCUGCAUGAACACUUAUGGCUCAUAUGGAUGCAGCUGUACAGAUGGCUACCUGAUACAAUCAGAUAGAAAAUCGUGCCGAGCCAAAAUUGAUUCAACAGACAGGCCUCCAGUCCUACUUUUAGGAAGUUCAGAAGGUAUUUUAGCAACUUACCUCAACGGUACGAGACUGAGUUCUCUCCAGCCCUUUGAUAUCAAUGGAAAUCUCACCUUUGACUUUCUUUAUGAAGAAGAAGCUGUUUGUUGGGUUACUGAAAGUGAAUCUUCAAAUCAACUUCAAUGCGCCAAGAUAACAAAACUUAAAGCAUUUACGGAGAAAAAGGUGAUCAGAACACCGCAGAGCUUUCAGAAUGUGGAGCACAUGGCCAUAGACUGGUUAAGUGGAAAUUUUUACUUUGUGGAUCUGAUAAGCGAUCGAAUAUUUGUAUGCAAUAAGAAGGAAGACACUUGCAUCACACUCAUUGAUCUUGACCUUUAUAAUCCAAAAGGAAUUGCACUGGAUCCAGUUAUGGGGAAGCUUUUUUUCACCGACUAUGGGAAUGUUGCCAAACUUGAAAGGUGCAACAUGGAUGGAACAAACAGGACAAAAAUUGUGGAUAAUAAAAUUGAACAGCCAACAGUAGUUGCACUGGAUUUAGUGAAAAAACUGGUCUACUGGGCCGAUGUAUAUUUGGACUACAUAGAAGUGGUUGAUUACAACGGUGGAAACCGGCAUACCGUGAUUCAGGGAAAAGAUGUUUCGUAUCUUUAUGGAUUAACAGUCUUUGAAGAUUAUUUAUAUGCAACCAGUUCUGUUGUUGGUAAAAGUAAUAAAGUGGAUGUUGUGAAGAUCAAUCGGUUUAAUGGCACAGAUCUAAAGGUUAUAACACAAGUGAGCACUGCUAGGAGCAUUCGUGUCUACCAUAAGCUGUCUCAACCGACAGUAAGAAAUCAUGCAUGUGAAGCAGACCCAUAUGGGAAAUCAGGAGGAUGUUCACACAUCUGCUUGUUCAGUGGCAACUACAAAUUUAGAACCUGCCGCUGUAGGACUGGAUAUAUCCUGGGGAGUGAUGGAAAAUCAUGCAAAAAACCCAAGAACGAACUGUUCCUCUUCUAUGGGAAGGGGCGACCAGGCGUUAUCCGUGCUAUGGAUCUGAACGCAAAAGCAGCAGAUGAACACAUGAUACGGAUAGAAAAUCUGGUGAAUCCUCGGGCCCUCGAUUUUCAUGCUGAAACAAAUUACAUCUAUUUUGCUGACACCACCAGCUUUUUAAUUGGAAGACAGAAAAUCGAUGGCACUGGACGAGAAACAAUCUUAAAAGAUGAUCUUGACAAUGUUGAAGGAAUUUCAGUGGACUGGAUUGGCAACAAUCUGUACUGGACAAAUGAUGGGCGUCGGAAAACAAUUAGCGUUGCCAGAUUAGAAAAAACAUCUCAAACUAGAAAGACCUUGUUAGAAGGAGAAAUGUCCCAUCCACGAGGCAUUGUGGUUGAUCCGGUAAAUGGUUUAAUGUACUGGAGCGACUGGGAAGAGGAUGAACUAAAUCACAAUAUUGGUCGAAUUGAAAAAGCAUGGAUGGAUGGAUCUAAUCGACAGAUCUUUGUAACAUCAAAUAUGUUGUGGCCAAAUGGAUUAACCCUUGAUUAUGCAAGAAGUACCCUGUACUGGUGUGAUGCCUACUAUGAUCACAUUGAAAAGAUUUUCCUUAACGGUACCAGCCGAAUGGUGGUGUACAAAGGAAAAGAGCUCAAUCAUCCAUUUGGUAUAUCAUAUCAUCGAAACAAUAUAUUCUGGACAGACUAUAUGAAUGGUUCAAUUUUCCGAUUGAAUUUGUCAUCCAAAGAGGUAACUUUGUUGAGAAGUGAACGACCCCCAUUAUUUGGGAUCCGUGCCUUUGAUGUCCAGAACCAGCAAGGUGACAAUGCUUGUCGCAUUAACUAUGGUGGAUGCAGCACUCUUUGUCUGGCCAUACCAGGAGGUCGUGUUUGUGCCUGUGCUGAUAACCAGCAAAUGGAAAGAAGCAACAAUUCUUGUUUAUUUUCUCCAAGUGAUAAGUUGCCACGACUUUGUAAGGAUGAUGAAUUCCAGUGCAAAAACAAAAGAUGCAUUCAGUCUCGAUGGAAAUGUGAUGGGGAUGAUGAUUGCUUUGAUGGCAGUGAUGAAGAACUGGAUUCAUGCUAUAACCAUAGCUGUCCAACUGAUCAAUUUAAAUGCUUGAAUAAUCGCUGCAUUCCCAAAAAAUGGCUAUGCGAUGGCACCAAUGACUGUGGAAACAAUGAAGAUGAAUCAAACUCAACAUGCUUAGCUCAGACGUGCCAGGCCAACCAGUUUUCCUGUACAAAUGGACGCUGCAUCCCUAUGCUGUGGCUGUGUGAUAGGGAGGAUGACUGUGGUGAUAAAUCUGAUGAAGCAAUAUCAUGCUCAUUUCCUACUUGUGAUCCCCUUACACAGUUCAGCUGUAGCAACGGGAGAUGUAUCAGUAUGAAAUGGCACUGUGACUCAGAUGAUGACUGCGGAGAUGGCACUGAUGAGCUUGGAUGCACUCACUCAUGUUCAAAUGUUAAGUUCCCGUGCUCAAAUGGGAGAUGUAUACCAGAAAACUGGGCUUGUGAUGGAGAUAACGACUGUGGUGAUUUUAGUGAUGAGUCUAACACAACCUGCUCAGGAUCAGCUUUGCCACCUGUAGGUGACUGUUCUGCAAAGGAAUAUCACUGUUACACCGAUGGAGCUUGUAUACCUGAGCGAUGGCGCUGUGAUGGAGACAAAGACUGUGAAGAUGGCAGUGAUGAAAUGAACUGUGAUGGCACCAAGAAAAUUUGCGAUCCAAAAAUGAAGUUCACAUGCAAGGCUUCAGGAAAAUGCAUCAGUGUAAAUUGGGUUUGUGAUGGUGAUAAUGACUGUGAAGAUCAUUCUGAUGAAGACAACUGUGCCAGUAAAAUCUGUAAACCGCCAAAAUAUUCUUGUGCCAGCAACACCACUAUUUGUCUGCCAUGGGAGAAAAUUUGCAAUGGAAAAAAUGACUGUCCUGACGGGUCGGAUGAAGGACCUUUAUGUGAUGAAUGCUCCUUAAAUAAUGGAGGUUGCAGUCAUCAGUGUGCUAUUGCUCCUGGGAGAGGGAUUGCUUGCUCGUGCCCUGUGGGACUUCAUCUCAGUACAGACAACAAAACCUGUGAAAUGGUAGAUUACUGUACCAAACACAUCAAGUGCAGUCAAGUGUGUGAGCAGCACAAAACCACUGUCAAAUGUUCUUGUUAUGAUGGGUGGAAACUCAGCACAGACGGAGAGAACUGCUAUAACACAGAUCCCUUUGAAGCUUUUAUUAUCUUUUCUAUACGACAUGAGAUCAGAAGAAUAGAUCUUCACAAGCAAGACUAUAGUUUGUUAGUACCUGGUUUACGUAACACUAUAGCUCUUGACUUUCAUUUUAAUCAAAGUUUACUUUACUGGACUGAUGUUGUAGAAGAUAAAAUUUACAGAGGAAGGCUGUCUGAUGCAGGAGGUGUGACUGGAGUAGAGGUUGUUGUUCAACAUGGCUUGGCGACACCAGAGGGUUUGGCAGUGGACUGGAUAGCAGGGAACUUUUACUGGAUUGACAGCAACUUGGACCAGAUCGAAGUAGCUAAACUCGAUGGAUACAUGAGGAUGACAUUGAUUGCAGGUGGCAUGGAACAUCCUAGGGCAAUCGCUUUGGAUCCUCGACAUGGAAUUCUCUUCUGGACAGACUGGGAUGCAACGUUUCCUCGCAUUGAGGCUGCUUCAAUGAGUGGUGCUGGGCGACGCAUUAUCUUUAAAGAUAUGGAAAUUGGGGCUUGGCCAAAUGGAUUAACUGUUGACCACAAUGAAAACAGGAUUGUGUGGACUGAUGCGAGGUCUGAUGCCAUUUUUUCAGCCUUAUAUGAUGGCACUGGAAUAAUAGAGAUCUUACGAGGCCAUGAGUAUCUUUCACAUCCAUUUGCGGUUUCCCUUUUUGGAGGGAAUGUAUACUGGACAGACUGGAGAACAAACACCUUGGCGAAGGCCAAUAAAUGGACAGGACACAAUGUCACGGUGAUACAAAAAACGAGUGCCCAGCCUUUUGAUUUAGAGAUUUAUCAUCCUAGUAGGCAACCUCAAGCUUCAAAUCCUUGUGCAGCAAAUAAUGGUCGAGGUCAGUGUUCACAUCUGUGCCUCAUCAGCUACAACCGAACGGCAGCAUGUGGAUGCCCUCACCUGAUGAAGCUGGGCACCAAUAAGAAGUCCUGCUAUGAACUGAAGAAAUUCCUAAUUUAUGCUAGACACUCUGAAAUCAGAGGAGUUGAUAUAGAAAAUCCAUACAUGAAUAUUAUAACUGCCUUUACUGUACCCGAUAUUGACGAUGUCACCAUAGUAGAUUAUGAUGCCCUGGAAGAAAGGCUGUACUGGGCUGAUGUAAAAACUCAGACAAUAAAACGAGCGUAUGUAAAUGGAACUGGAUUGGAGACUGUUAUAGUAGGAGAUCUACUUAAUGUUUGUGGGCUUGCUAUAGAUUGGAUAUCUAGGAAUAUGUACUGGGUAAGCUCAGAGUAUGAUGAAAGCCAAAUAAACAUUGCUCGAUUAGAUGGCUCCCUGAAGACCUCCAUCAUUCAUGGAAUUGAUAAACCAAAGUGUCUUGUGGUUCACCCACUAAAAGGGAAACUUUAUUGGACUGAUGGAAAUACAAUAAAUAUGGCAAACAUGGAUGGAAGUAAUAGUAAAAUCUUGCACCAGAAUCAAAAGGAACCAGUUGGUCUGUCCAUAGAUUAUGCAGCAAACAAAUUGUAUUGGAUCAGUUCUGGAAAUGGAACAAUAAACAGAUGUAACCUGGAUGGCAGUAAUUUAGAAGUGUUGCAGUCUAUGAAGAAGGAGCUAACAAAAGCCACAGCAUUGGCUGUUAUGGAUAGUAAACUAUGGUGGGCAGAUGAAACUUCAGGUACAUUGGGUACCACAAACAAGAAAGAUGGAAGAAAUCCAAUCAUACUGAGGAAUAAGACAACAGGGGUUGUCCACAUGAAAAUAUAUGAUAAAGAUGGACAAAAAGGCAGCAAUCCAUGUCAACAGAAUAAUGGGGGAUGUUCACAGCUUUGUUUGCCUACAUCAGAAACCACGAGAAGUUGUGCUUGUACUGUCGGAUACAAUCUACGAAACGACCGGAUGUCAUGUGAAGGUAUUGAUUCAUUCCUAAUCUAUUCAGUUCAUGAAGGAGUAAGAGGAAUUUCUUUGGAUCCCAAUGACAACAUAGAAACCCUCAUGCCUAUAAAGGGAUCUUUAUUUGCAGUGGGAGUGGACUUUCAUGCAGAAAAUGACACAAUCUAUUGGACAGACAUGGGGUUAAAUAAAAUCAGCCGAGCUAAGCGAGAUCAGACCUGGAAAGAAGACAUUAUCACAAAUGGCAUUGGAAGAGUUGAAGGAAUUGCAGUUGACUGGAUUGCAGGAAAUGUUUAUUGGACUGACCAUGGCUUUGAUCUUAUUGAAGCAGCAAGGCUCAAUGGUUCAUUCCGUUUCGUGGUUAUAUCUGAAGGACUGGAUAAACCAAAAGCGAUUGCAGUUCAUCCACAAAAAGGGUAUUUGUUCUGGACAGAAUGGGGUCGGUCUCCCAGCAUUAGAAGAGUACUUCUGGAUGGCUCAGAGCAAGUUGUCCUUAUUAACUCUGGUGUUACAUGGCCUAAUGGGAUGUCAAUUGACUAUGAGGAAAAUAAAUUAUACUGGUGUGAUGCUCGUACAGACAGGAUAGAAAGGAUCAACCUUGAGAGCGGGGAGAGCAGAGAGAUUGUGCUGUCAGGAAGCAACGUGGAUAUGUUUUCAGUGGCAGUCUUUGGGGCCUACAUCUACUGGUCUGACAGGGCACAUGCCAAUGGCUCUAUCAAAAGAGGCUUCAAGAAUGAUGCUGCAGAUGCUGUGACCAUAAGAAGUGGCAUUGGAAUUAACCUGAAAGAUGUGAAAGUCUUCAACAGAGCCCGGGAGAAAGGUACAAACAUUUGUGCCAAGAAUAAUGGUGGCUGUGAGCAGCUUUGUUUCUACAGAGGAAAUGGACGCCGAACUUGUGCUUGUGCCCACGGGUACCUCUCACCGGAUGGAUUAAACUGUCAGAAGUAUGAUGGCUAUCUGCUGUAUUCUGAAAGAACCAUCCUGAAAAGUAUUCACCUUUCAGACAAGGCCAAUUUAAACUCUCCUGUAAAACCUUGUGAGAACCCUGCCUAUUUCAAGAAUGUGAUUGCUCUUGCGUUUGACUACACCCAGAGGGUAAAAGGAACUAAUCGCAUCUUCUUCAGUGAUGUUCACUUUGGGAAUAUCCAAGUUAUUAAUGAUGACUGUACUGGAAGGCAUGUUAUUGUCGAAAAUGUGGGAUCUGUAGAAGGGUUAGCCUACCACAGAGCAUGGGAUACCAUCUACUGGACCAGUUCUACAACAUCAACGAUAUCACGGCACACUAUAAACCAGUCCAGGCGUGGAGCAUUUAAGAAGGAAGCAGUCAUUACAAUGUCAGAAGAAGACCACCCUCAUGUUGUUGCUCUGGAUGAAUGUCAGAAGUUAAUGUUCUGGACCAACUGGAAUGAACAACAUCCAAGUAUUAUGCGUUCUACUCUGAAUGGAAACAGCAUGCAAGUCAUUGUAAGCACGGGCAUUCUCACUCCAAAUGGGCUUACCAUUGACCACAAAGCAGAAAAGCUCUAUUUCGCUGAUGGCAGCCAGGGGAAGAUUGAAAGAUGUGAAUAUGACGGAUCACAGCGUUAUGUCAUUGUGAAAUCUGGUCCAGGAACAUUUUUUGGGCUAGCUGUUUAUGGUGACUUCAUUUUUUGGUCAAGCUGGGCACGGAGAGCAAUAUUACGUUCAAAUAAGUACACUGGUGGUGAAAUGAAGGUUCUUCGGGGAGAUAUACCUCAUCAGCCAAUGGGAAUUAUCGCUGUAGCCAAUGAUACCAACAGCUGUGAACUUUCUCCUUGCUUGGUAAUGAAUGGAGGCUGUGAUGACCUUUGUUUCUUGACUUCGGAGGGCAGGGUCAACUGCAGUUGCAGAGGGGAGCGAAUACUCCUGGAAGAUAACAGAUGUGUGGCAAAAAACUCUUCAUGUAAUAUUUACACAGAGUUUCAGUGUGGGAAUGGCGAAUGCAUUAACUACCAGUUAACAUGUGAUGGGAUACCCCAGUGUAAAGACAAGUCUGAUGAAAAAAUGCAAUACUGUGAUAAUAGGGAAUGUAGAAAAGGGUUCAAGCACUGUUCCAAUCAACGCUGUAUAGCUAACAGUAGAAUUUGUGAUGGAACUGAUGACUGUGGAGACAAUUCAGAUGAAACAAACUGCAAUAAUUCUACAUGCAAUUCAUCAGAAUUUCGCUGCCAGGAUGGAACAUGUAUUGCUAGAUCUGCUUGGUGCAACCAGAUCAUUGACUGUUUGGAUGCUUCUGAUGAAAGAAACUGCAAUAAUACAGACUGCUUGAAUUACUAUAAACUGGGUGUAAAAUCCACAGGCUUUAUUAGCUGCAACUCUACCUCUCUGUGUAUUCUUCCUUCAUGGAUCUGCGAUGGAGCAAAUGAUUGUGCAGAUUAUGCAGAUGAAGUCAACUGCAAGGUUUCCCAUGCACAACAAUGUGCAGAUGGAUAUUUUGCAUGCCCCAGUGGAAAUUGUAUAUCAAGUGUUUGGUUAUGUGAUGGACAAAAGGAUUGUGAAGACGGAGCUGAUGAAUUUCAGUGUGACUCUUCAUGUCUAUGGAACCAGUUUGCCUGCUCAAAGAAUAAGUGCAUUGCCAAACAGUGGGUUUGUGAUGGUGAAGAUGACUGUGGAGAUGGACAGGAUGAAAGUGAAGAAUUAUGUGGAUCAGUAACAUGCUCCCCAGGUAUGUUCAGUUGUCCCGGCUCCUAUGCCUGUGUACCAUUGCGUUGGGUGUGUGAUGGGGAAAGAGACUGUCCCAAUGGAAGUGAUGAACUCUUCAUAGCAGGCUGUGAACCACUUACUCGUUGUGAUGAUAAUGCAUUUAAGUGCCAUAAUACAAAAUGCAUUCCUUUGCAUUUUGUAUGUGAUCACGACAAUGACUGUGGAGAUGGCUCUGAUGAACCUGCAGAAUGUGUUUAUCAAACAUGUAGUGCCAAUGAGUUCCGUUGCUCUGAUGGAAGAUGUUUAUUGAAUGCACAGUGGGAAUGUGAUGGUGAUCCCGACUGCCCUGACUAUUCUGAUGAAGCACCAUUAAAUCCAAAGUGCUCAGCUGCAGAAAGUUUGUGCAAUGGUUCCUUCUUCAUGUGUGCGAAUGGGAGAUGUAUUCCCUUGGGAAAUAUUUGUGACAGUAAAGAUGACUGUGGUGAUGGUUCUGACGAGAGAAGCUGCAAUGUGAAUGAAUGUUUAAACCGAAAACUCAGUGGCUGCUCCCAGGAAUGCCAGGAUCUGCCAGUGGGAUACAAGUGUAAAUGCUGGCCAGGGUUCCAACUGAAGGAUGAUGGGAAAACAUGUGUUGACAUUAAUGAAUGUUCAUCUGGCUUCCCCUGUAGUCAGCUAUGUCUCAAUUUAUUUGGCUCAUACAAGUGUCUUUGUGCAGAGGGAUAUGAAGCUCCAGCUAGCAAUCCUAAUAGCUGCAAGACAGUUACAGGUGAAGAGCCUUUUCUAAUACUAGCUGAUCAACAUGAAAUAAGGAAAAUAAGUGUUGAUGGAUCCAAUUAUACUUUACUAAAGCAGGCACUGAAUAAUGUCAUGGCAAUAGACUUUGACUACAGAAAGGAGUUCAUUUAUUGGAUUGACUCCAGCAGACCGAGCGGCAGACGAAUAAAUAGAAUACGUCUGAAUGGAAGUGACCUUAAGGUUGUUCACCGUACAUCAGUUCCAAGUGCGCUGGCUGUUGACUGGAUUGGAAAGAACCUGUACUGGACUGACACAGAAAGGAAGAGUGUGGAGGUGUCCAAACUCAAUGGCUUAUAUCCUGCAGUUCUAGUGGGGACAGGGUUGAAAUACCCAAAAGAUUUGGCUUUGGAUAUUGAAUCUGGAUAUUUAUACUGGAUAGACUGUUGUGACUAUCCACAUAUUGGCUCCGUUGGAAUGGAUGGGACCCAUAGACAUGUUGUCAUCGACACAGAAAUAUCCAAACCAAAUGCUUUAACGAUAGAUUAUGUCAACAGAAGACUCUACUGGGCUGAUGAGAAUCAUAUCUUUUUUUCUAAGAUGGACGGAUCAAGCAGACGCAAGAUCCUUAAUCAAGACAUCCAAGGGGUGAUCGGGCUUACAUUAUUUGAAGACUACAUCUACUGGACAGAUGGAAAAACCAAAACACUUAAUCGAGCUCACAAAACCUCAGGAGCAGGAAAGAUAUCAUUGCUUAACUCCUGGCAUGCCAUAACUGAUAUACAAGUUUACCAUGCUUUAAGGCAACCUGAUGUGCCAAAACAUCCCUGUCAAGUGAAUAAUGGAGGAUGCAGCCACUUAUGUCUGAUUUCUCCUGGUGGUGGUUACAAAUGUGCCUGCCCUUCUAAUUUCUACCUUGCUUCUGAUACCAAGGCCUGCCUGUCCAACUGCACAGCAAGCCAGUUUCGAUGUGGAACUGAUGAGUGCAUUCCUUUUUGGUGGAAAUGUGAUACAGUAGAUGAUUGUGGUGAUGGAUCUGAUGAGCCGGAGGACUGUCCUGAAUUUAAAUGCCAGCCUGGUCGUUUCCAAUGUGGAACUGGGCUCUGUGCCCUUCCUCCUUUUAUAUGUGAUGGAGAAAAUGACUGUGGGGACAACUCUGAUGAAGCCAACUGUGACACAUACAUUUGCUUGUCUGGCCAGUUUAAGUGCACUAAGAAGCAGAAAUGCAUACCAUUAAACAUGAGAUGCAAUGGCCAGGAUGACUGUGGAGAUGGAGAGGAUGAAAUGGACUGCCCCAAGAGCACCUGUUCUCCAGAUCAGUUUCAAUGUCAAACUACUAAGCACUGCAUCUCCAAGUUAUGGGUAUGUGAUGAAGAUCCCGACUGUGCUGAUGGAUCCGAUGAAGCUAACUGCGAUGAAAAGACCUGUGGGCCUCAUGAAUUCCAUUGUCAAAAUAACAACUGCAUUCCGGACCACUGGAGAUGUGACAGUCAAAACGACUGCGGUGAUAACUCAGAUGAAGAAAGCUGUGAACCCGGAACUUGCAACACAAAAGAUUUUGUCUGUGCUAAUGGAGACUGCAUCUCUGCAAGAUUUAGAUGUGAUGGUGAUUAUGAUUGCAUUGACAGCUCUGAUGAGAAAGACUGUGAAACUCGUUGUUCCCAAGAUCAGUUUCAGUGUAUGAACAAUCGUUGCAUUUCAAGAAAUUGGCUCUGUGAUGGUCAGGAGGACUGUAAAUCUGGUGAAGAUGAGAAGAAUUGUGACCAAGUAAUUCCAUCUUGCUCCUCCAGUGAAUAUGUGUGUGCAAGUGGAGGUUGUGUGUCAGCUAUCUUAAGAUGCAAUGGAAAUAAUGAUUGCACAGAUGGUUCAGAUGAGAUUGAUUGUGUCACAGAAUGCAGAGAAGAUCAGUUUCGAUGCCACAACAGAGCACAUUGCAUCCCAGCUAGGUGGCGGUGUGAUGGUAUUUACGAUUGUGUUGACCUCAGUGAUGAAGAAAGUUGUGAUUAUGCAGCAAAUUUGUGUAGAGCUGAUGAGUUUAUUUGCAACAACACUCUCUGCAAGCUACAUGUUUGGGUUUGUGAUGGUGAAGAUGACUGUGGAGAUAAUUCAGAUGAAGAUGCUGAAAUGUGUGUAAAAUUUCCAUGCCCACCAACAAGGCCUUAUAGAUGCCAAAAUGACAGAGUGUGUCUGAAAUCUGAACAAGUCUGUAAUGACGUAGAUGACUGUGGAGAUGGUUCUGACGAAGAGCACUGUGAGGUAACGGAUUUGCUGAGGCCUUGUGGUAAGGCCGAGUUCACCUGUAGCAAUAAGCUGUGCAUCCCUCAGGAGCUCCAGUGCGACUUAUUUGAUGAUUGUGGUGAUGGAGGUUCAGACGAGCAUGAAUGCAAGAUGUCCUCUAUUGAAGGUAUAUGUGAAAGCAGAGUUAAUCCUUGUGGGGAAGAUGCAAUCUGCAAUCAGACUAAAGCAGCUGCUGUUUGUCAGUGCAAGCCUGGCUUUCAAAGAAAUCAAAAAAAUAAGCAGUGUGAAGAAAUUAAUGAAUGUUUUCAGUUUGGCUCCUGCUCACAUUACUGCAUUAAUACAAAAGGUUCCUACAAAUGUACAUGUGAUAUAAAUUACCGGGAAAUCAAUGGGAGCUGUACAGCAAAAGGACCAGAAGAUCAAGUUCUCUACAUAGCUAAUGACACUGAAAUUCGAAGUUUUGUAUAUCCAUUUAAUCAGAACCAUGGGCAUAAACAAGUAGCGCGCAUUGAGGACAACGCCAGAAUCAUUGGAAUGGACUUCAUCUAUCAAAGCCAUAAGGUUAUCUGGGGCACUCAAUUUAACCCUGGAGGAAUUUUUAACAAAGAAGUUCUAGAUGGCGUCCAAUCGCAAACUAAUAGCGGAUUAAUUUGUCCUGAUUUCAGAAGACCUAGAGAUGUUUCAGCUGACUGGAUAACUGGAAAUAUCUAUUGGACAGAUCACUCUAGAAUGCAUUGGUUCAGUUAUUAUACUACUCAUUGGACUAGACUGAGAUACUCAAUUAAUGUGGGUCAACUUGGAGAAUCAAAUUGUACCCGCCUUAUAACUGACAUUACCGGAGAGCCUUAUGCAGUUGCUGUUAAUCCACUACGAGGAAUGAUGUAUUGGACUGUAAUUGGGGACCACUCUCACAUAGAAGAAGCUGCUAUGGAUGGUACUAUGAGAAGAAUCUUAUUAGCAAGAAAUUUAAGAAGACCUACAGGACUAGCAAUAGAUUAUUUUAACCAGCGUUUAUACUGGGCUGAUCCAGAGUUGUCUGUAAUUGGAAGUUUACGCUUUGAUGGGUCUGAUUCUGUGGUAGUUAUUGGCAGCAAACAUGGGAUACAUCAGCCUCACAGAAUUGACAUUUUUGAAGAUUAUAUUUAUGGAGCUGGCAUGAAAAACAAUGUGUUUAAAGUUCAUAAAUAUGGUCAUGAACCAGUGGAAUACCUUAGUUUAGGACUUGAAAAGGUUACCAGCAUACUGGUAUCUCAUCGUUAUAAACAACCAAACAUAAUUAACCCAUGCGUAAAAAAAAGCUGCGAGUUUCUGUGUUUAUUGAACCCAACUGGAGCAAGCUGUUCAUGUCCAGAAGGGAAAUAUCUGAUAAACGGAACAUGUGGUGACAUUAGUAUUUCAGGUGAUCUCUGUCGACCAGCUUGUGAAAAUGGAGGAAGAUGUAUUAUAAAUGAGAAAGGAGAAAUGAGAUGUUAUUGUUGGCCUAAUUUCUCUGGGGAAAAGUGUGAAAUCAACCACUGCAAGGACUAUUGUCAAAACGGAGGAACAUGUACUGGAUCUCCUUUAGGAAAACCUACUUGCCGAUGCCCACUUGGAUUUACGGGACCACACUGUGAAAGAAGAAUCUGUGAACAUUUUUGCCAAAAUAGUGGAACAUGUGUUGUAACAUCUGGAAACCAACCUGUGUGCCAAUGCCCUGCAGACUUUACUGGAGACAGAUGCCAGUAUCAUAUCUGCCAUCAUUAUUGCAUUAAUUCAGAAACAUGUUCCAUUUCCAAUCAGGCUGUUGAUUGUGUUUGUCCUCCUCGCUAUGAAGGAUUAAAAUGUGAGCUGGAUAAAUGUUUAAGAUGUCACGGGGGACAGUGCAUUAUUGAUAAUGAGACUAGAGAUGUUCUUUGCAAUUGUACAAAUGGAAAAAUAGCAUCCAGCUGCCAGUUAUGUGAUGGCUACUGUUAUAAUGGUGGAACUUGUCAGCUGGACUCAGAGACAAACAUGCCCUUUUGCCGGUGUUCAGCCAACUGGUCAGGUACACAAUGUGAGAGACCAGCUCCCAAGAGCAGCAGAUCUGACAAUACUAGUGGGAGAAACAUAGCUAUCAUUGUGCCACUUGUUCUGCUUGUUAUACUAAUAACUACAGUUGUGGUGGGUGUCCUCAUUUGCAAAAGACGACAUUGGGGGAAGAGGACUCAACGGCAACCAAUGACAAAUGGUGGCAUAAAUGUUGAAAUUGGAAAUCCCUCUUACAAUAUGUAUGAAGUAGAUCACGACAGUCUUGAAGAUGCAGGAAACCUUCUCCAUCCAAACUUCACUUUGGAUCCACAUAAGGGCUGGUGUGUGAAGUCCACUAACUCUCGCGGCUUGCCAAUUCAUGCAAUCCCAAAGGAGAUAAUCUCUGGACAGCCUACAAAUUACACCAACCCAAUGUAUGCAAAAAUCUAUCUUGAUGGACAGAACUGUCGGAAAACAAUAGGUAGUGUGGAUGAAAGAAAAGAACUCCUUCCAAAGAAACUUGAGGCCACUAUACGAGAAACAGCUGCAUAAAAUGACAUUAUGAUUUUAAGUUCUUUUAUACUAUCUGUAUAAAUGUAAAAAGAGAAAAAAAAAUUUUCUAUGCCCCUCUUGGGUCCUGAUAAUCUUUUUGUGCUUCUGCCUCAGCAUUACCUCCUUGUUUUGCUUUUGUGCUGAAAUCUAUUUACCAGCCAUUUGUACUGUGUUUUUAUGAGAAACAAUCUGCACUACAUACUACAAAAUGCUGCUGAUGAUUUGCAUACUCCUUUAACCACAAGGAAAAAACAUAAAUAUGACAAUGGAGGAAAAUCAAAAUAUUUUCUACAGAAUUUUCAUUUUGGUUUCUUUACCAUCCUUUUUUAAAAUAUUGUAUAAAUAAUAUUAUAAAGCCCCUUUGUUAGUCAAAUUCAGUUUGUAUAAUGUCAUUACUAUUUUGUCCAUGAACUGACAAUGUUCUCAGUUAUUCGCUCAUUUUUUUUUCUGUUUUUGUUUGAAUUGCCUUUUGUGAAGAAACUGGGGAAUCAGACAAAAUGUUACAAAUAAGUUUAUAAAAACCCACUGUGAAUUAAUUGUUUGAUGAUGUAAUUGUAUGAGAGUCAAGAGUACAAAUGUAGCUGGUAUGUUUUCAAAUGUACGUUACAUUCCAAUAACAUUUCAUUUUAUCAUAUAUUGCUUAAUAUUUUUUUUUACCUGAUAUCCGAUUGCCUUGUAUUUUUUAAUAAGAGUUUCAAAUCCAUUUUUACAUUAUGAGUAUAUUUCAUAUUUUCUGUAUUCUUGAGAUUUGAGUUGUCAAUUGCCUAUAUAUGACAUAAAAGAAACUUCUUUAUUUUACUUGCUAGUGUUUCUACUUAUGCACAGCUCAAAUCCGGAGCAACUCAUAAGCAUUUCAAUUUACGACUGUGGCCUCUUAAAAGCCUAGUUUAUGUGAAAGCCAAUCUUAUAUGCCAUAUAUAGGUGUGCAGACUUUGUAUGAGAAAGAAUGGGUACAGGCUUCAAAAUAUUGUAAGUGGAUAGAUAUUAUAUUUUCAAUUAAAAUGAUUCCCCGUUUAAAGGUCUACAUACUACUGACACCUGUUUUGAUUUGUUUUUUUAUUUUAUUUUUUUUUUCUCCCUGAAUUCAAUUUUAAGAAUGCACUUUGAUUUGAUUCAUCAGAUACUGUGCUUUAUGCAUUAGUGGUGUAAAAAAAUGGUCAUAAGCAACAUGUUUAGUACGAACCAAAUCUAAAAGAUAAUUUGUUGCAGCUGAAUAUUUUAUAUAGUAAUGUUUUAAAAUAAAAUUUUAAAAUAAAAAUACACAACUUGCUUUAUUUAUUAAAAUAUCAGGAUGUUAGUAUAAUUUUAUAGUCAGUUUUAUGAAACAUUUUCAAUAUACACAAUAUUGAUAAAUCAUGCAUUUUUACAAAUGCCUAAGUAUUGCAAUGAAAAUGUGCAAUUUGCCACCUAGAGAGUUACAUUUUAAAAUUUCUUUUAAUAUUUUUUUCUUAAUACUUUAACAUUCUGAUAUUUUGGUGUUCCUAUCGUUUCAUGUUCCAUAAAUACUGAAUUAUGAUGUAAGCUGCCACUUUAACCCCAGCUGUACCAGUACCACAGUAACAGUAAAUGUACAGGAUAAUGCUAAGUGCUAUGUAAGUGCACAUUCCCACUUCUGCUCAAGGUUCUAACUCUGCAUCAGUUAAAGUAAGGCAGGAACCGUAAAAAUAAAUCGUCAGUGCUAAAGAGAAAAGAGAUUUUACUUCAAAACAUGGCCGCUAUGGGUUGGUAAAUUGUUUGAUAAAAAAGAAUAAAUAAUAUCCAUUCUGCAUACAGAGCAGAUAAGUCAAUAAGUUACUAAAGUGAAAAGAGCACUGGGAUUUCUCCAGAAAAAUUCAGAUUUUUUUGUAUUCAUUCUUCUAAUUUGUUUAUAUGUUACACCUCCACUUUUGAUUCACAUAUCAAAGUUUUUGAGCUUUGCAAUGUAUUGUAGGGGAUGUGGGGAGUGUCCAACCGAUGUAAUAAAUUUCACGUACUGUAUUGAUGCAGCACCACAUUACGUGCUUUCCGCUCUUUGACAUGUACUGUACUACUUUGUAUGUGACUGUUGCUAAUAAUUCAUACAAGUACAAAUGAUUUGUGCCACCGCAUUUCUGAAACCCAACCUUCUAGGAUGGCACACCGCUUCAAUGUAAACCAUCGAUAGAAUAUCGCUACAGUUUGUACUCAUCCAUCAUUCUCCAACCAGCAGCACAAGGAGGCAUUUUGUGUAAAUACACAGUAAGUUCCAAUGAGAUGAUCACCUAUUCAGAUCUUUUGCUGUCAUUAAAUAUCUACUCUUUGGAUGGUUCAAGUUUAUUUUUUUAUGGCAAUGUUGCUUUUCUUGUUUGUUUUUUUUUUUCUUUUGUUGUUAGAAUUUUACAGGGGAAAAUAAUUCCACUGUUGAAAAUGAAAGGGCUUUUUGUUAAGUGUUUAUACUGUACUUACAUUGUACACUUUAUUGUACAAUAUGGCCAAGAAAUAUAUCCCUUUGUAAAAUGU